AGACCUAUUUCUUUCACAUACAAUCCAAUUCCACAAACUAACCAUUAAAAAUGGCUGAGCUCAAUAUCCAGAAAAGCCGCAUCGACGAAACUGAGGUUGAUUUCCAAAACAAUACGGUCGACUCAUCGAAACUGAAGGGCGGCUACAGCACAUGGCAGCUCAUUCCUGGAGGGCCAGCUGUUAAAGUCGGAGACACAAGCAAAGAAAUAACUGGGCAGUUUACAACCCUUAACUUUACUAACCAGCAAGGCGAGGUCGACCCAUACAAGCCUGACAAACCAUUCACUUUCGAGGCAGGUGAAGAACUCACCUUGACUGGCAAGUAA